CCGAACAGCAGAACCAUGGCAGAAGAAGUUCCCACUCCAGCGCCGACCAAGGCCCCGAAGAAGGCGGCAACCAAACCGAAGGCGGCAGCCAGGCCCAAGAAGACCGGACCCAGCGUCCGCGAUCUCAUCGUCAAGGCCGUGACCGCCUCCACCGAGCGCAACGGCAUGUCGCUGGCCGCCCUGAAGAAGGUUUUGCUGGCCAGCGGCUACGAUGUGCUGAAGAACAACAGCCGCGUGAAGGUCGCCGUCAAGGCGCUCGUCGACAACGAGGUCCUGGUUCAGACCAAGGGAACCGGCGCAUCCGGCUCCUUCAAGCUGAACAAGACCGCCUCCAAGAAGGCCGCCGCUAAGAAGCCCGCCGCCAAAGCCAAGAAGAGCCCGGUGAAGAAAGCUCCCGCGGCAAAGAAGGCUGUCGCAGCCAAGAAGACCGCGGUUGCCAAGAAGUCACCGAAGAAGGCGAAGAAACCGGCGGCGGCACCCAAGAAGGUGACCAAGUCCCCGAAGAAGGCCGCCAAGAGCCCGAGGAAGCCGGUGAAGAAAACCCCGGUGAAGAAGGCUCCGGCCAAGAAGCCAGCGGCGAAAAAGGCACCUGCCAAGAAGCCCGCGGCGGGGGCGAGGAAGGCGCCAUCCCGGAGGAAGUGAGCGGACCAAGACCCGAACCCCAACAAAAGGCUCUUUUAAGAGCCACACACCCGAGACCCGAGAGAGCCGGUUCCUACCCUCACACUGAGUUCACACAAUACUUCUACAUGAUCCAUACCACAAGACUUCAUACUUCUACUUGAUCUAUAUCACAAUAGUUUAUAUUUCUACAUGAUCUACAUCACUAUACUUAAUUCUUCUACGUGAUCUAUAUCACAAUACUUUAUACUUAUACAUGAUCUACAUCACAAUACUUAAUACUUCUACGUGAUCUGUAUCACAAUACUUUAUACUUAUACAUGAUCUACAUCACAAUACUUAAUACUUCUACGUGAUCUGUAUCACAAUACUUUAUACUUCUACAUGAUCUACAUCUCAACACUUUAUACUUCUACAUGAUAUAUAGCACAAUACUUUACAGUACCUGGAAUAUGUCUUACAUUCUGAGCAGCGCUUUGUAUUUCAAGUUACUAAUACUCUAGUUAUACUGUUGUAACAUGUAUUAAUAAUUAUAUACAAACUUAAGCUACAUUUACACUAUCAGAUAUUAUGUAAUGUACAUAAUUUACAGUAUUAUUCAUCUAAAUAUUAUCAGGACAUGCACAAUAAUGAGUCACUGUUCUGUAUGUAAACACGUAACUGUACAUGUUGCUACAGCACAUAUGUCAAAUAGUAUUUCUCUUAUGCUUGGGUCACGAUGAGACUUUAUUAAUCCUGUAGGGAAAUACUUGUAUAUGAGUAAUUGGCAAGAAGCUGUGAGUGCAUGAACAUUCACUACAGACAUCAUUAAAUAAACAUUUUCUAGUAAAACAUGAAUCAUUAUG